AAACCUCCAAAAUUUUUUGCUGCGAUCACGUUUGAAGCCAAAUCUCUCUUUUCUCUGCCUCUCUGGUACAGAGUCUCCGUGUUCUUAAAGCUUUGAGACCAUCUUCAAGCACACCCCAAUUUCUCAGAGAAAAAAAAAUACAAGCAAGGGGAAAAAACAUGAACAUCUUCACUAAGAAACCAAAUCCGAGAGAAGUGCUUAGGGAGAGUAAGAGAGAGAUGACACAAGCUACAAGAGGAAUCGAAAAGGAAAUCGGAUCUCUGCAAUCAGAAGAGAAAAAGCUUGUUCUCGAGAUAAAAAGAACUGCUAAAUCAGGGAAUGAGGGAGCAACUAAGAUUCUUGCUCGGCAAUUGAUCCGGCUAAGGCAGCAAAUAGCUAACUUACAAGGUAGCCGAGCUCAAAUGCGAGGCAUAGCUACUCAUACACAGGCUAUGCAUGCGCACACUUCAGUUGCUGCUGGAAUGCAAGGUGCCACUAAGGCAAUGGCAGCUAUGAGCAAGAAUAUGGAUCCAGCAAAACAGGCUAAGGUUAUGAGAGAAUUUCAAAAGCAGUCUGCACAAAUGGACAUGACUACUGAGAUGAUGUCAGAUGCCAUAGAUGAUGCUUUAGACAAUGACGAAGCUGAGGACGAAACAGAGGAUUUGACAAACCAGGUUCUUGAUGAAAUCGGCAUUGAUAUCGCCUCGCAGUUAUCAUCUGCUCCAAAAGGUAAAAUUGGUGGGAAGAAUGCAGAGAAUGUUGGCAGUUCUGAAAUCGAUGAACUGGAGAAGCGGUUGGCUGCGCUUAGAUAGAAAGAAGAAGUGCCGUGAGCUUGAAGAUGUUUCAGACAAAAAAUUUCUACAUUCAAUGUGUCUUCUACGGUUUGCUUUCUGGGAAGAUUUGUGGAUAUAUAAACAAUUAAACAAAUGUAGUGACUUUAUUUUUCUUUUUUUUAUCUGCCAAGCUUUUCCCUGCAAUGUCCAAAACGUCUUUGCUUUCUAUUGUAAGUCUAUUUUGUUUUUUGCAUACAAAUUUUUUAUUUUGGUAA